AGCUACCCGCAUCAUAUAACAUUUCGUCAGCUAGAUCGAUCUAGAUCCCGACGAAGAGAAAGAAAGAAAGAAAGAAGAAACAAAAACAAAGACAAAAAAAAAAAAAAAAAAUCUAAGCUAGCCACGAUGACGGAGAAGGCGUCGGAGCUCCCACAGUAUGUGAUGCUCCAAUCCCAAUCUCCAAACACACCCAACUACAUGCACUUCCUGUGGAGCACCGAGGAGUUCGGUGACACCUUCAACUACCUAGCCUUCGGCUUCUUCCGCGACUUGGACCCCGUCAGCCCAUUCCUCAAGCUGGAGGUCAUCCCGUCAACCUCCCACGCACCGGCCGUCCACCUCCGAUGCCCUUACAACAACCGCUACCUGAUGGUCGUCCCACAAAGGGAGCAUCUCGUCAUCGCCGGCGAACCCGAGAUGAGAGACGACCCCAACGAUCUGACGUCCACCCUCUUCUACCCUUCCUUCCCGUCCUCCGCCACGGACAACCUCGUGUGUUUCUACCACAACGCUACCAACCGCAACGUGAGGGUUUCCCAACUGGACAACCCGUUUGUGGUGGCGUUAAGCCCGCCAGCUGGUAUGGAGUACUUCAGGUACUUCCCUUACGAGUCGUACGACGAGACGAUGGCUCGCAAGGACGAGGAGAUCAAGGCGAUUAUGGAGUCGUUGGAGGAGUUCAAGGGGAGUAAUGGUGAGAGUCUGAGUCCGGAAGAGUUGAUUGGGCAGCUGAGGGAGAGGAUAGCCGAGCAGAACAGGGAGUUGGAGGAGUUGUACGAUCAGAUCGGUGGUCGACCUAAUGUGGCCAAGGCCGGCCAGAUUGCCGGAGCCACUGCCUGAGAGAGUCCUUACUCCUUAGCUAGCUAGCUAUAGCUAGUUGAUUGGCUAAUUACAGCUUUAGUACUGGUAGAAUUGGUACUGCGUACUUGUUUUUCCUUUUGUAUCCAAGCUAGUAUGAUAAUAAUAAUAAUGUGGGUGGACUGCGAGUCUGUGAGCCAAUAAGCACUACGUUCAGUGAGCUCUCCAUCCCCGUCUUGUCGGGUGCAUGUCACGUACAACAUGGCCUUUGUAUUUCCAUGUUUCUUUACUAAUUUUUUUUUCCCAUGUAAGGUCUGAAUUUGUCUUGCAUUUAAAUGAAUGGUGUUUUGCUUU